AUGACGGAGGACUCGAUCUUUUAUCGCAGUGAAGGCUGUGCCAGUGACUUUGGUGUGACCUUCCAGGUUUUCUCGUCGAGGCUUAACCAUGCCAGAGUGAGUUCAAAAGGAUAUAAAACCAUCCACCAUUUGUGCACCACUCCCGCCAGUCAAGUUGUGCCUGUGGAACUACAACUUGCUUCUCGAAUCUGCCACACUCAAAACCUGAUCACCGCAACAACUCAAUUUAACCAGCAGAGGACAGCACAUGGACAUAUUUCUCAAUCACCCAUACAGAGGCUGGUAUCUGAAGGUGUUUCCAUUCAAUCAACUGAGGUUUCAGCACAGACUGACUGUGUUUCACACAUGCCUCAACAGACGUCAGAUACUCUGGAGGACUGGCAGAGAAUAGCAGAAUAUUACGUGGAGAGACCGAGGAUUAUGAUGUGUGGACGUGCUGCAAUGCUGUGUCCCAGUGAGCUCAGAAUGUUCUGGAACCCUGCUCCUCCAAAAUUCAUCUGCGCCCCCUCUGUUAUGAAAGAUACACUUUUCUCCAAAUACCAGAAAACCCGGUCAGACAUGUGCAAAGAAAAUCUGUUGGACGAGCUGCAGAAUGUGGUGGAAGAUUCAGUUAACCCUUCGAUGAACACAGAACAGAAGAAUACCUCUGAGGAAAAUGUCUUGCCUAUUAAGUGUAACUCUGUGGCAGACUUCAGAAGAGCAGCCUCACUGACUCCCUCUGGAAUCAUCUCAGCAAAACAGGCCAGACGGCCUCACUCUGCCCCGCACUUAACCCCAGAUCUUGAGCCCCAUCUUCGGCUGCAGUCUGAUUUCACCAGCCUUUCCCAGGAGCCAGAGCAUGUGCGAUGGCAGCAGAACACAAUCUGUGCAGUUCUGGCUGGAGAUUCCCCAUCCAACGCCAAACAGGCAAAGCCCCAGGAGGUUCACAUAGAGCCCAAAUCAUCAGAGCAGCCCAGCCAGACCCCAAACCACAGGAAGAACCCACACAAAGGCAAAGACAGGGCAAGGGUGUCCUGUUCCAAAAGCAGAGCCACCAAAAAAGUAAAAACACUUAGCUCUGUUAACAUGGCCUAUGUUUUGAGAAAACUAAAAGAGCCACCAAGGACACUGACAAGGAGCGAGUCUCUGUCUCAGUUAUCAAGGGAGCCCAAAACAUCCAAAGGGCAAUUUUCACACCUCAGUCUGCCAGUGCUACUAGAUUUCGAGAGCUUUUUGGCGGAUCAUGGUGAAAUACCAGACACGACACCACACCGAGAGUGGGCCAGAAACAAAUGGGACACCUGGUUCGAUGAGGUCUUCCCCCCACUGGAAAGUAUCCAUAGUUCAGACCCUCUCCCAGCUGCUCUGGAGGAGAACCAGCUACCACAGGAAGACUACAAUGUGGAUAUGUGUAGGGUUUUGGAUGAAGGUCUCAGUACAGCUGAUUUGGAGCUGGAGGUGGCCAAGUUGACCCAAACAUUGACUGAAUGUGGAAACCGUAAUGCCUUCGACCUGUGUCGACGUGGAGCCCUUUACAUAAAACUUGGUUAUCUCGACCAGGCCCUUGAGGAUCUCAGUGCUGCCAUCUCCCUGGAGCCCCAUUUACUGGAUGCCUACUGGCACAGACACAGCAUCUACCUGCUGAGAAACGACCCCGAUAGAGCUCUGGAUGAUCUAAACGUCAUCGUUACAAACAACAAGAAGCAUGCAGACGCCUUCAUGUCUAGAGCAGAAAUCUACAAACAAAGAGGGGAAACCACAUUGGCUCUAUUCAGCUACACCCAAGCCAUCAAAGUCAAGCCAGAUGAUGCAGAGAUCUACUUUAAGAGGGCAAAGAUGUAUGACAAGAUGGGCGAGAUUCUGCUGGCCAUGGAAGGCUAUGCCAAGACCUUCACCAUUGACUCAAGAAGGACAGAUGCAAUGAUGAUCCAUGGAAUACAUCACUUUAACAGCUCCAAAUGGACAAUGGCUCUCGAAGACUUUUCAUUACUGCUAAAGCAAGAACCUGAAAAUGCUAUAGCCAGAACAUACAGAGGGAGAAUCUAUUCCAAGAUGGGUCAUUUUGAGAAGUCUGUCGAGGACCUUUCUCUGGCUUUGCACUUGAAUCCUGCUGAUUGGUUGGCUUUUUACCAUAGAGGCUGUCUGCUGAGGGAGAUAAUGCCUCAUUUGGCCUUAAGAGAUCUCAGCACAUCUGUUCUCAUCAAUGACAGUGCAGAAAACUGGAGUGCGUUCCUGCAUCGCGGUAUGGUCUACGUGGCGCUCCGGCACUGGCAGCAGGCUAUAGCUGACUUUGAAGCCGUGAUCAAACUUGACAGAUCUGCAGCUGUUGCUCAUGUCAGUUUGGGACUGAUCUGUAUGUUGAAGAUGGACAGACAUUAUGAAGCUAUCAGAAGGUUUAAUAAUGCGCUGAAAGCAAAUCCCACCUAUGUUAAAGCCUACGUAUGCCGGGCCAGAGCCUUUUAUAAUGUGAAUAAUCUGAGCAGAGCUGUGAAAGAUUUGGCUCGAGCCAUACAUUUAAAGCCAGAUGCUUAUGAUCUGUACAUCAUGAGAGGGAAGUUUUUCUACGAAAUGAAACGUUUUGACCUGGCUGCCCUCUGCAUACGGUAUGCAGCAGAAAUGAAAACAGCUCUGGGUUUAUCAGCGGUCCAGCAAGCUGUUAUCCAGUCGUUCCUGGGGAAUGAUGCCAAUGCCAUCGUCUGUCUGGAGGAAGCGGUCGAUACACAGCCUUCUCCUCCAAACCUCAUUCUUCUCGGGAGGACACUGAUGAAGGAACACAGGUUUACAGAAGCAGUGGAAACUUUCAAAAAGACCUUGUCCAUUCUGGGUACCAAUAAAGCUAAACUCAGUCCUACAAAAGAAGCUGCUGAGGUCUUCUAUCUAAUCGGUGUGUGCUACAUGACGCAAAGACUUUUGUUUCAGGAGAGUGAAGAUUCUCUCCUCCUUCAGGCUUUGAAUGCUUUUAACAGCACUGUGAGCUUGAAUCCAGACCAUGCCGAGGCUCACCAUCAGCGAGGCCUGUGUCGCAUUCAUUUACAAGACUCCACAGGCGUGCAAGACUUUAAUAGAGCACUCAAAAUCAACCCCAAGCUCUAUCAGGUGCAUCUAAGCCGAGCUGCCCUUUAUGGGGCUGAAGGACGACAUGCAAAGGCCAUACUCGACUGUAAUGAGGCUAUCAGGAUCCAGCCUAAGAGCCUCAGAGCACACUUGUAUAAAGGGGCUCUUAAAUUCUAUUUGAAAGCAUACAAGAGCGCAGUGGAGGAUCUAACAAUGGCAGUCCAAAUCGACCCUGCAUGUUCAUUCGCUUACUACAACCGUGGCAUAUGUUUUCAUGAACUGCAACAUUAUGAGAUGGCUCUGAGAGACUACAGCGUGACGCUGCUCCUGGGCUGUAAGACAGAGCUUGAACUGAAAGUCUUGAUAAAUCGUGGCCUGCUCUAUGUGGAGCUAAAUGACUACAGCAGUGCCCUUCAGGAUUUAAAGGCUGCAGCACAGAAGCGGCCAGCAGAUGUAAUAAUUUACCAUGCACUUGGAGUUAUUCACCACAGGCUCGGUCAGUUGCAGGAAGCUGUGGAUGCUUACAGUGAAGCUGCAAGACUUGAUCCCUUCUUGCAAGAUUGUCUUGUGGGUAGAGGCAAUGUUUUCAUGGAUUAUGGGCACAAUCGGGCCAGGAAACAAGCCCAGAGGGACUUCCUCUCAGCGCUCCAUCUCAAUCCACUCUGCUUGAGUGCCCGCAUUAGCCUGGCAUACAAUUUUCAGGUUUUGGGAUUCUUCCAGAGAGCCUGGAAUCAGUUCACGGUGGCUGUAGAGGUGAACCCUAAAUGCUGGGCCGCGCAUCAAGGCAGAGCUGCCACCAGUCUACAGAUGGGAAACAAGUUUGCAGCCCUUCAGGACAUAAACACUGCUAUUGAGUACAACCCUUUCGCAGAGCAGCUCUUCACAAACCGAGGUCUGAUCCAACAAUUAAGGGGGGAUAAAUCUAGUGCCAUGAAGGACUACCAAACCGCCAUUAACCUCAACCCAGGAUAUGCCCUUGCUUACUUCAAUGCUGCCAACCUCUUUUUUUACAAUGGCCAGUUUCAGCAGGCAUGUGAAUACUACAGCCGAGCUUUUGAGCUGGACCCCUCAGAUGAGUCUGCCAUCCUGAACCGAGCCAUCACUCAUGCUCUGCUGCGGAAGGUUCCAGAAUCCCUGCAGGAUUUCAAUGAGGCUCUGUGUCUAAACCCGCUGUCUACACAUGCCUACUUUAACAGAGCCAACCUGCACUGCUCUCUAAGACAGUUCCAAUCAGCCGAGAGAGACCUUACGCAAGCUCUGGUGCUGGAGCCUGGAGAUGCUCUGCUGUAUAAACUAAGGGCUGAUGUUCGGGGUUGUUUAGGGUGGAUGGAGCAGGCAAUGGAGGACUACAAGACUGCGCUGCAGCUUCAGGACUCCUAAUGGUGCUACUUUUGCUAAAAAUGAUAUUAUUGCUUCUUUGAUUAUUAAAAGGAGCUAAAGCAAUUGUUGAACAUCAUCUUGAUAACAUUGCAUGCAUUCAGUUUGAAUUUGUUAAAUGAGAGUUUGUUUAAGAUACAUAAACAUAUUGGCUAAGAAUGUCAGGAAUGACGAGAAUGUUUAGAUUAAGAUGGAAAGACAAAUUUACUUUGAAUGUUAUUUUCACCCAGUCAUUUAUUAUAAUUCAUUCAUUUUCCUUCGGCUUAGUCUCUAUUUCAGAGGUUGCCACAGCGGAAUGAACCGCCAUUUAUUACAAUAGUCUACAUAAUUAAAUAGUUGCACACAAGAAAGAAUAGCAGUGGUAUUCGCAAUAAUGUCAUAUGGCUUUUGUUUGAUUUUACAUGCACUCUAAAAAUAAUUUUUGCUGUUUAUUCAAUCUACCUAUUUAAAAUGAGCUGAAACAAUGCAGUUCUUGAGUUCUUUGGGACAACUUAAUUGUUUUAUGUUCAAUCAACUUAAAUUAGCAAAAACAACUUAAUUCCUUCGUGUUGUUCUAAUGCAAAUCCUUUGCACGGAACCCAACAUUUUUACCAACUCAGGCUCAUUCUAAAAACGUGCCCCUGUAUACAUUUCUGGAGAGCGCCAAAUACAUUCGCGGAGCUACGUUUUUUGCCGUUUUUGUUUUUGCAAAUCCACCAAAAGGCCACUGUGUACGCUUUUUCAGAUCUCAAAUUUUUCUAGCCAGUGCCAUUCGUGCCUGCUCCUCUCCUGACCCAUCCUCCUCCUUCCCUGAACCCAACUAAUAGGGUUUUCAAAAGCACCAUAUGACCCGCCCACCCACUUCCUUAAACCUAACCAAUACCCGCAUUUUUUUGUUUUUAAAAGAUGUCUAACAGAUGUCUAAUAGCCGUCAAAACAUAGUUGUGUUGGCUAAAACAAGGCUAAAUUUAGGCUGUCAAUGAAAAUCUAAUCGACCUCUAAGAAUAGGCCAAAACUAGACUAACGUUAGACAUCAAAUAAACAGAAAUGAAUGACUACAUAUAUACAGUUUGUCUUAUCUGUCAUUUUAUGCAGAGGCUUGU